AUGGCGAACAAUGGCAGUGCUUACAACGCUGGUCAGUUUAUGAACCCUGGCCCGGCACCUCGUCCGCCCACCGACCGACCGCGCCUCAACAUCACCCCCAACACCAACUUGCCCGGCAGCAUGGCGAACAUGACCAUAUCGCCAGUUCCUCGGACAGCUACCUCAACGUACACGGGCUCGACCAUCUCGUUACCGCUGGCACGUGAGCGCUCCAACAAUGACGGUAUGGGCGGUGUCGCUGUCAUCAAGGAGGGGUGGGCCACCGUUAAGGAGAGCCGCAACUUCAUUCAGCCCUGGAAACAGAAGUUCCUCAUUCUUCGCAAGGAAGCGCUAGACUUCCACAAGACCGAGGGCGGUAAGGUUUCGUACACAUUGUAUCUAAAGGAUGUUGUGGGAGUGGGCAGAGUCGAGGCUGCCGGUACCAUCUUUGAAAUCAAGAGACAAACCGGCACCCAGUCGAAUAGCCCCGGCGACGACGAUAAUGGCAUACGGACGUUGCAGAUCAGAACCAAGACUGAUGAUGAUCUAUACGACUGGAUCGAUAUGUUAUACGGCCGAUGCCCUACCAUGGGUGGCGUGAGCAACCCGACCAACUUCUCACAUGCGGUGCAUGUCGGUUUCGAUCCGUCUACUGGCCAGUUCGUUGGCUUGCCCCCAGAGUGGUCCAAGUUGCUCAACUCGUCAGCUAUCACCAAGGAAGACUAUGAGCGCAAUCCCCAAGCAGUCUUUGAGGUUCUGGACUUCUACUCCGAUCUUACUAAGAGAGCAGAGAACCCCCAGCAGUACUCGAGCCUGACACCAACGCCUCCGGCCGGCGGCCAGGGCAACAAGCAGCUCGGCUAUGGUGUAGGAACAUCCGUGGCCCCGCCCAGGCCAGCUCCCCCAACUCCAGCACAGCGUAACAACAGCUAUGGCCCUGGCCAACCAAACCAGGCCAUGUCCAAUGCCAGCCGCCCUGGCACAGGCGAAACCUCACAGCAGAGGCAGCAGAUGCAGGCCAUGGCCUCCAACUAUGUGUCGCCCGAGGCCCAGCGCGAGCAGCAGAGGCAGAAGCAGCUCGAGAUGCAAAGGCAGAGGGAGAUGGAAGAUCAGAGAAGAGAGCUGGAGGAAUACAAUGCUUCUCUGCCCAAGACCAAGGUUCCGCUCGCGCAGCAGGAAAUUGGCGGGGGUUACGGCGGUGCCUCGCCCGAUCGUUACAACCCGACCCGUGCUGCGCCGCCGGCCCCGGGCUCUGCAUCCCAGCAAGCAGCCCGGCUCCAGGCCCAACGGCCGGCUCCUCCUGCUCCCGGAUCUGCCCAGCGACCACCUAUUGCGACACAGCAGAGUUCCUCCUCGGUUCAGCAGCGCCAGGCACCCCCGAGACCCGAGAACCCCAAUGCUCAGCGGUAUCCCAAUGGCACCAAUGGCUCAUCCCAGCCACGUACAAACGGCCAGUCACAAGCUCAAAGCCAAGCUUCUCGAUUGCCUGCACCUGUCAAGCCUCUCAAUGUGCCUGCAAAGCCUCAGCCUCAACCGAGCGAUGGUGUAAAGGCUGCCGAGGCGGCCUUGACCGCCAAGCCAACGGCAGCAGAGCGCAAGCAAGACGUUCGCAUGUCCACCAUGUCGGAGAAGGAAGUCAUGGCAAAACUUAUCGAGGCUGUCUCCAAGGACGACCCCAACUUGUCCUACUCCAAGCAGAAGAAGAUUGGUCAGGGUGCUUCCGGUUCCGUCUACGUCGCAAAGGUCAAGGAGACGGCCGUCUCUGCAGUGGCUCGUGAGGUGCUGCGUUCGCAAGGACCUAGAGCACAGGUCGCUAUCAAGCAGAUGGAUCUGGCUCACCAACCCCGUAAGGAGCUCAUUGUUAACGAGAUUAUGGUCAUGAAGGACAGCAAACACCGCAACAUUGUCAACUUCCUGGAUGCAUUCCUGCGAAACAACAACGCCGAGCUUUGGGUGGUUAUGGAGUAUAUGGAGGGUGGUGCCUUGACUGAUGUCAUUGACAACAACCCGGUCAUUACGGAAGAGCAAAUUUCUACCAUUUGUCUCGAGACUUGUGCCGGUCUGCAACAUCUUCACUCUCAACAGAUCAUCCAUCGUGAUAUCAAGAGUGAUAACGUCCUGCUGGAUGCUCGUGGCAGCGUCAAGAUUACUGAUUUUGGUUUCUGCGCCAAGCUUACUGAGACCAAGUCUAAGCGUGCAACCAUGGUUGGAACACCGUACUGGAUGGCUCCCGAGGUGGUUAAGCAGAAGGAGUAUGGCCCCAAGGUCGAUAUCUGGUCUCUUGGUAUCAUGGCUAUUGAGAUGAUCGAAUCGGAGCCCCCAUAUCUGAACGAGGAGCCAUUGAAGGCCUUGUACCUCAUCGCUACUAACGGAACACCACGACUCAAGAAGCCGGAGAAGCUGAGCAAGGAGCUCAAGGCUUUCCUCUCUGUUUGUCUGUGUGUCGACGUCAAGAGCCGUGCCUCGUCAGAUGAGCUUUUGCAGCAUGACUUCCUCAAGCAUGGCUGCCCGAUUCCCAGCCUCUCGGAGCUGUUGGCCUUCCGCAGAAGCGCCAAAUAG